AUGGAAGACGCGACUUACGCGCCUCCAACAAAUAGAGCGAGUUUAAUCCGAAGAGGGAAGUCUCUAAGUAGGCCCGAAAGAUACCAACCUGCUGCUCCUUUACUUACUGGUAAAAAAGAGAGAAAGACUUUUGAUCCUUGGAUACUGUUUGCCCGUGCAAUCACUUUUUGGGCUCCAAGCGUCUUAUUAUCUAAAUUUGGUCUACCUGACAAACAAUCUCGGCAGGCCUGGAGGGAAAAGUUUGCAUUAUGUUUCAUUGCUGCCAUCAUGGGCGGGAUUGUAGCAUUCUUGACUGUUGGUUUUAGACCUGUACUAUGUCCCGAAUCCCAAGCUAAUAAUGCUGCUAAUUUUUUACGUUUUGGUGAAGUAGACGGUGUGCUUGGAAUUCUUGGUUAUCAGUUUAACAUUAGCCAAGCAUUCGCAAAUGAAGUUAAUUUCUUUGAAGAAUUAAAGAUUAAUGGACCUGGUUAUGAUAUAACGAAUAAAUUCAAGCGGAACCUUAAUGAGAUCCCACAAUGUCUUUUACCGGAGAUACAAAAUUAUGCUGUAGUAACUACACCUUUAUGUACUAAUGGACCCAAUUGUCCUCUCCCAAGACUUACAGAAGCAGCCAUUAAUCAAUAUCACCUUGUAAACACAACAAAAUUAGUUGGAUUCGAUUGGGAACAAGUUGGAAAGAUGAAGAAUUUUCUUGUGGUUGCUGGUGCUGUUCUCAAUAUGAAUUCAUACAUGGAGGCACACCCAAAUCCUAUUGAAAAUGAUUUAGCUGAUAAGAUUAUUCGUGAUGUUUUAAAUACUGAUCAUCCUGAGGGUGGCAAAGAUGCAACUCGCUUAUUUUUCAAUCAAGAUAAUUUAAAACAAAUGAUGGGUUGUCUGAGGGAAAAAUAUUUUGUAGGAAAUAUCGAUAAACAAACAAUUGGAUGUUUCACCUCCGAUAUAUUCAACUUAAUUAUGCUUAUUGUAAUAUUGGGGAUCGUUAUGUGUAGAUUUUUCAUGGCUUGUAUUUUCGAUUGGUUCAUUUCGCAUCGUCUUGCACAUGAACCAAAGGAAGUAAAAAAAGCUGUAAUACCGCAACAAGUAGUUGUCGGCAGCAAUCGUAAUGCGCCAUGGAUCCAUAGAAAUAAUUCCGGUUCGGUUAAAAAAACAAAUAAAAUGGAUCGGAUUGGAAAUGAUCUUUACACGGUGUUGUUAGUUACUUGUUACUCUGAGGGUGAAGCUGGUUUGCGUACGACAUGUGAAUCAAUGGCAUCGACGGAUUAUCCAGAUGAUCGUAAACUUUUAUUUGUUAUAUGCGAUGGUAUAAUUACUGGUAGCGGAAAUGAUAAAAGUACUCCGGAUAUUUGUGUAGAAAUGAUGGUAAUAGAUGAUGAAUUUAAAGAUCCACAAGCUCAAAGUUAUAUUGCUGUUGCAUCAGGAGCUAAGCAACAUAAUAUGGCAAAAGUUUUUGCUGGUUAUUUCCCAUGGAAGGAACGAAAAGUGCCAAUGAUUCUUGUUGUAAAAUGUGGUGCUCCAGCGGAACAAGGAAAACCUAAACCCGGAAAUCGUGGAAAACGGGAUUCUCAAUUAAUUCUAAUGAAUUUCUUUAGUCGUUUAACAUAUAACGAUCGUAUGUGCGCUCUGGAUUUUGAUUUAUUUAGAAAAGUUCAACAUUUAAUGGGCGUAACUCCCGAUUUUUUUGAAAUCGUUCUUAUGGUUGAUGCCGAUACUAAAGUUUACCCUGAUUCAUUAAGAUUGUUAAUCAAUUGUAUGUGUAAUGAUCCUCUCAUUAUGGGUCUUUGCGGUGAAACAAAGAUUGCAAAUAAGCGUGAUUCUUGGGUUACAGCUAUUCAAGUUUUUGAAUACUAUAUUUCUCAUCAUCUGGGUAAAGGUUUUGAGUCAGUAUUUGGUGGUGUAACUUGUCUACCAGGUUGCUUCUGUAUGUACCGUCUUAAAGCAAGAAAAGGAGAUGAUGAUUGGGUGCCAAUUAUUACAAAACCGGAAAUCGUUCAAGAAUAUUCACAAAAUACAGUUAACACUCUUCAUCAAAAGAACUUGUUGUUGCUUGGUGAAGAUCGUUUUUUGACAACACUUAUGCUUAGAAACUUCCCUCAAAGAAAAAUGACUUUUUGUCCACAGGCCGUGUGUAAAACUGUUGUUCCUGAUGAAUUCAAAGUUCUACUAUCCCAACGUCGUCGAUGGAUUAAUUCAACAAUUCAUAAUCUAAUGGAAUUAGUGUUAGUCCGUAACCUUUGCGGAACUUUCUGUUUUUCCAUGCAAUUUGUAGUGUUUAUGGAGUUGAUGGGUACAGUCGUUUUACCUGUGGCUAUCAUGUUGACCUUUUUAUUAAUUACAACAUCUAUAAUAAAUCCACCAAAUAAUUUCUCCGAAUCUAUACCAUUGUUUAUGUUGGCGGCCGUUCUUGGAUUGCCUGUACCAUUGAAACGUUGGGAAGACUGGGAACGAACAAGACUUCGUAGAGUUAAGCGACAAGAACGUAAGAGACAACAAAUGGCUACUUUGGCAGUUCGCACAAGUCAUUUCGAUGAUAAUUAUACAGAAACUUCAUCCAAUACUUCCGCAGUAGAAGAACCUCAACAAAAAGGAUUUAAAGGUCAGGCUAAAAAGGAUAUGCAAGCUGUCGAAGGAUACGUUGCUGAAAGAGCUGAAGGUGAAGGAAUUGAUGAAUCGAAAUUGGAUAAAGCUUUAAACAUCGUUAAUGAAGAGAUUGUCAAUGAAGAGAAAAAACGUCGUAAUGAUCAAAAACUCCAAAAACAAAAGGAUUCCGAGAAAAUUAAAGUAUCAAGAGAAGAUAUUGAAUUUAUUAUGAAAGAAAUGGAUGUGAUGAAGCAUGAAGCUGAUAAAUACUUGAGAGAGCAUAAAGGUGAUUUGGUUGAAGCAUUGAAAGCAAUGGUGAAUGCUUCAUUAGAGUUCACUAAUAUAAAAAUGACAAUUACUAGAGGUUUUGCAGCUUCAACGUUGCCGUUAGUUCGAACCUUACCAAAUACUAUUAUUAAAAAACAUUCUGGUAAAAAUCAAAAUCUAUAUAAAUCUUUAUCUCCAAUUGUUUCGCGUAAUUUUUCUUUGCAAUUUGAGUCGGAAAAGCCAAAAACUUUUUCCAACCAGCAUAUUAUUCCACGUCUACCUAUUCCAACAUUACAAGAAACUGCUGAACGUUACAAAAAAAGUUUGCUACCGAUUUUUAAGCCUGAAGACUAUGCUCGUGCUGCUAAUGUAAUCGAUGAAUUUGUAAAAACUGGCGGUUUGGGCGAAGUUCUUCAGGCAAGGUUGCAUGAAUUAGAUAAAUUCGAAAAGCAUAGUUGGCUUGAAAAUAUUUGGUUGAAUAGAGCUUACCUUGAAUGGCGUGAACCCACGCUUAUAAACGUUAAUUGGUGGUGCGAAUUCAAAGAUCAUCCUAAUGGGAUUCUCAAACAAACCAUACCAAAGGGACAAGUAACAGAUUUUCAGAUCAACAGAACGGCAGGUUUUAUUUCCAAUUUAUUGGAUUUCAAUGAUACGAUUAACAAUGAAUCGCUACCUCCGGAAUCUUCGCGUCAAGGUCCCUUAUGUAUGAAUCAAUAUAGAAAACAAUUUGGUACAGCUCGAAUUGCUGACUUUCCGUCUGAUCGGAUUAUUUCCUCCUGGCCGACUACUGCCAAACAUAUAAUCGUCUUAUUUAGGGAUCAAAUUUUUAAUGUUCAAGUUUUAGGCGAAGGAGGAGCAAGGGUCUCUAUUAAGGAUAUUGAAAGACAACUUAAAUCGGUAGUUGAACAAGUCAAUAAUACCAUUGAGCUACAACUUCCUAUUGGUUUGUUGACCGCCGAGCAUCGAGACACUUGGGCUGCGGCACGCAAAACACUUGAAUCUCUAUCAGAAAAUCGAUUGAAUUUAGGAGCGAUCGAUACGGCAUUGUUUUGUGUUGCAUUAGAUGACUAUUCGACCGAUAGUGAUAUUGACAUUACUCAUCACAAUAUUUUCCAUGCAUUUAAUGGUCGUAAUCGUUGGUUCGACAAACCUCUUCAAGUAAUUGUUCAGAGUAAUGGACGUGCUGGAGUCAACGGAGAGCAUUCCCCUGCCGAUGCAGUUAUUCCUGGGCGUCUCUUUGAUUAUAUUGUAUCAAAGGAGCCAGCACAGGACCCAAAUAACAGUUGUUCAAUUCCACUUCCUACCCCUAAACAUCUUAAAUGGGUCAAUUGUUCUUCAUUGGGAACCACCAUUAAUCAGGCGCAAUCUAAUAUUCAUACGGCAAUUGAUAACGUUGAUAGUGUUUUAUUGCACUAUAAUGAAUACGGAUCGAAUUGGCUUAAAAGCGUUAGUCCGGAUGCGUUUGUCCAAAUGGCUUUGCAACUUGCUUACUACCGACAAAAUGGAGAACCAUGUCCGACCUAUGAGUCAGCUUCUACCAGAGGAUUUUUACAUGGACGCACAGAAACAGUGAGGUCUUGUUCAGUCGACAGUGUAGCCUUUACGAAGGCUUUUGAUGAUAAAGAUAUCAAGAAAGAACGAAAGCUAGCUUUAUUCACAAAUGCAAUUAAGUCUCAUAUGGAAUAUAUGAUUUCAGCUACCAAUGGUAAAGGUGUCGAUCGACAUUUGUUAGGAUUAAGAUGUCAAAUCCAAAAUGAAGAGGAAAAAUCACGUGCGCACAUUUUUACCGACCCAACAUAUGCACGAUCAAUGUAUUUCAAACUUUCAUCAUCUAAUAUGAGUCCGGGUGAUUAUUUUUAUGCUGGAUUUGGAGCUGUGGUGCCUGAAGGAUAUGGAAUCGCUUAUGGAAUUGGAAAAGAGGGAAUGAAGUUUAGUAUUUGCAGUUACAAAACAUGUAAACAGACGGAUAGUGUGUCCUUUAGAAAAACAUUAAAGAAUGUGUUUGAUGAUCUUAGAGUUGCAUUAUAG